UCCUCCAAUUUGUUUUUGUUAUCAAACUCAACCUGUUUGCUCGUCUGUGUGAACAUAUUAGCAAAGGUUGCUAUGCUUAAGGGUUAGAGAUUGGCUAAACAUUGUUUGAGCGAUUUCAGCUCACUUGGAGGUGAAGUCGGGUUGCAAUGUAACUUAAAGCUACAGUACAAGGUUAGAGCCACUAAAUCACAAUUAAUACUGUACACCAGUGUCGUGGUGCUGAAGUUCGCUCGCUUAUUAUGUAAAAGUGUUUGUGGACGAAUAUUUGCUGGUAAACUUUUUUGUCUGAAAAUCAUCAUGUAAAAUGAGAAUGUCUGGUAGCGGAUACUGGACUUCGGAAAGAAUAAAAAGUCAAGGACGCCUCCCUUUACGUUGUUAAGUGGUGAGAGUUUUAUUGACUGGAGGCGUGGCGUUUUCAAGGCGUGGACACAAAAAGAUGGUUAAACACAGCGCAGGGUCCCAGCGGUCUUCUGUGUCCAGGACCAGUGGUGGGUCCCAGAUCUCUGGCCUUAAAGACCUCACCCUCCUGGAUAAAACCAACCUGGAGUCAGAGGAGAACACAGUCCUUCCCACACCUGUGGAGGGCCAGUGGGGAUUCCUAGACAGUGUCUACCUGCUGGCUGCGGUUAUUUUCCAGAACACUCACCAGGAGAAGCCAGCGGCCCACCGAUUGGUCAGUUUUGGCAAGAAGUCGGGACUUCCUGUGCCAGGGGCAAAAGAUGAAGUGUCCCAGCGCAGUGCCUAUGAGCUUGCCUUCAAUGCACUCAAAUAUCAAGAACUGUUGGAGGACAUCAUGAUUGACAGCUGCUUCUACUUCUCUCAGCCAAUGCCGGACGACCAGAUGAGCCUGGUGGCGGUGAUGCUUUACGACUUCCAGGACAGGAAGUUCUUCCCGCGGGAGUGCCCGGGGGAGGAGUUCAUACAGGAAGUUCGAGACACAGAGAGCUGUCUUCUCAGGUUCAAGACCAAGCUGGCAGCCUCCCUGGCGCGUUGCAGGAUCAAGCACGACCUGCUGACCAUCGACUGCAUCCUGCCUGAGAGUGUGAGGAGAAAGCAGCAGAGAGCCAGCAGCCUGCCCCUCCACGCCUGGGUCAACACACUCAGGAGCAGCCUUGACGAGGUGUGCAGGGUCCUGAAGCAAGAGGGAUUCUCCCAGGUGACUUCCGUCAGUCAGCUGGAGGGGCAGACCUUCUGUCAGGACCCCCACUGCGACGACAUGCUGGUGUUCCCUGCCCCGGUCAAAGCUGACCUGUACCGCACCAGGCUGCUCAGCCAAUACAAGCUCAUCAUCCAGGACAAGUCGUGCUGUGUGGGCCCCUACGUGGUGCGGCCCCUGUUGGCCCCCGAGGGGGACGUCCUGGUGGCGGGCUGCUCGUCGGGCCUCACCGUGGCACACACCGCCUCCCUGCUGGGCCCGCGCCACACCCCCCGCGGCAGCAAGUCCAGAGUGUCCGUCUGCGUGGGCGAGCGCCCCCCCGAGCAGAGGGAGGAGCUACAGGAGACGCUCGCCAACGUGGGCUGCAAGAAUGUGAAGCUGAUCCCGGAGAGCUUCCUGUCUGUGGAGCCGGCUGACCCCAGGCUCCAGAGGGUCCGGCUCAUCCUGCUGCUCCCCCAGUGCUCUGUGUCUGCGCUCAGCAACCCUGUAGACUUCAUACUCCAGGAGAACGGAGACACAGACCUACUCCAAGACCUAUCCCAGGGGGCCAUAGCCCAGACUAAGCUGGAUGCACUGGUGGCACAACAGAAGAAGAGCAUCGAUCAUGCCCUGAAGUUCCCUAAGGUGCAGGUGGUGGUAUAUUCCACCUGCUCCUCCUACCCAGAGGAGAACGAGGAGGUGUUAGCGAGAGCUCUGGAGCAGAACAGACCAUCACCAGACCAGGAGCCCAAAGAACAGCCCUUCAGGCCCGACUCCUCCCUGCUCGUGUCUGCUCUCCGUGGCGAGGCGGGGGGGGAGAGGGCUGCAGAUGGACCCUUCUUCCGACUGGAGCCCUCGGAGCACAGUAACGGCUGUUUCCUGGCUGUGCUCACCAGAGAGCCUGAAGCGCAGGAGCAGGAGUCUGCAGAGGAUGUGCUCGCCAGGGCAGCGGCCACAGGCAUCCUGGACGGCAUCAAGACCACCCGGCCAACCAGGAAGGAGAAGCAUGGUCAACCAAACCGCCAGGCUCCUACGGGUCACAUUCGUACACCUCAGACACGCCCACAUGCCACCGCCAGCUCCCAAUCCAGGGUCAUGGAGCUCAGGAACCGUGAGACUAAGGGCAGUAGUUCUGCCCCGAUGAUCGGGCCUCAGGGAUUGGCUAAUGCAGGACAGCUGUCGCCACGAGGAAAAUGCAAGCCUCGUCACCAACGCCCUCCCAACACCACCCCCUCCAACACCACCCCCUCCAAAACCGCUUCCCACCUCUCCCCAUACUCCACCCUCCAGUCAACCACCAGCCCCUCACGCAAGAGUCUGACCCGCCUCACCAACGUCUCCACCUCCAGCAAACAGCACCGCCCGUCCAAGCCCACUGCCCCCCAGGCCCCCGCUCCUCACCUCUACACCCCCGCAGCUGGCUCCCCGCCGGCCCAGACGGUGGACCCAGGGCAGCCCCAAGGUCAUCAGGAGGUCAUGAGGCCGGUGACCCUGACCCUGCCCCUGGUCCUCUUCCCUAAGUUCUCCUCUCCUAGCAGGCAGGUUCUGCCCCCCCCUCCGGUCUGCCAGAUGAGCAGCCCCGCCAUAGCUCACAGCCAGUGGAGAGGCCAGGCCUUCCAGGUGCCCCUCACCCGCUCCAGUGGAAGCAUCAACAAGGAGGCCUUGGUGAAAAAGAACAGACCCUGGCUCUGAGAGGGUGCCCACACAGAGCGCACACACACACACACACACACACACACACA